AUUUGAAGCUACUUCAAAAGCUUGAAAAAAUGGCUCAAAUUGCUAAGGUCUCACACGAGGUGCAGCUUAGAUCUUCUGGUCACAAGUUCUAUGAAUUCCUUAAGAACAAAAUGGACUUUGUGUUUCAAAUGUUCCCUGAAAUUUAUAAGAGCUGGAAGGUUGUGGAAGGAAAUGGUUACGCUCAUGGCAGCGUCAUCUACUUAAAAUAUAUUGUUGAUGGUCCAUCUGAGGUGAUUGAGAGGCUAAGUAUGGAUGAUGCUAACAAAUCAUUAACAUUCGAGUGGGUGGAAGGAGAUUUAUUAAGAGAUUUUGAAGUAUUUCAAAUGAAAAUUGAAGUUGUUGAGAAUGGUAGCAAUGGGAGCUCAGCUAAUUGGUCCAUAGAGUAUGUGAAGGCAAAUGAAGAUGUGGCUCCACCACAUAACUAUCUCCUAUGUGUGGCUAAAGUCAGCAAAGGCGUUGAUGAUUACCUUUGCAAAAACUGAACUAAAACCAACCCAUCUUGGCUUGGCUAUUGAAAUAUGAUCUUAAUGUUCUUAUAUUAUGUACUUCUAAUGCUUAAU